CUGGACCGGGGCAGGUGGCCAAGGAGCGGCUCCACACUGCGGACGGAGCGCGGUCAAAGGACAUGGCACCGUGUGGAGCUCAGAUAACCCGAUUCCUGGGGGCCCUGGUGUACUCAGAGGCUCCUGAUGGAGGCUGGGGUUGGGUGAUCUCUGUUGCCUUCUUUAUAGUGGAGACUUUCACAUAUGGUAUCAUCAAAAGCUUUGGGAUCUUCCUCCAGGACAUGAAGGAAGAGUUUGGGGAGACCAACAUUCGAGUGUCAUGGAUCGUCUCCAUCUGUGUGUUCACCAUGACCUUCAAUGGUCCUCUUUCCUCGGUGAUGACUAACCGAUUUGGCUUCCGCUUUGUUGUAAUGAUUGGAGGUUUGCUUAUAUCCACUGGCACUAUCGCAACCAGCUUCACUAGUUCCCUCAAUCAAAUAUACAUUACCUAUGGAUUAGUUACAGGUCUAGGCUACUGUCUGACUUUCCUGCCCACUGUGACCAUCCUUGCAAAGUACUUCAGCCGCCGGCGCUCUCUGGUCACCGCUUUGGCUUCUACUGGGGAGUCCUUUGCAAUGUUUGCUCUGGCACCAGCUUUUUCUGCAUUAAGAGACAAAAUUGGCUGGCGACACACCAUGGCAGUGAUUGGAGCUCUGCAAAGCAUCAUCAUCAUCUGUGGUGCUCUGCUUCGGCCAAUCAUUAUUACACCCAGAGCCACCCAAAAUACGGAAAAUGAACAUUUUUCUCCAAAGGAGCUGGAAGCACUCAAGACUCAAGAGAAUAUAGACAACUUGGUUCUGCAGAAUUCUGAGGUAGAGAAUAAUGAGUUAACUGGAGGAUCUGUGAGCACCGGCAGUGACUCAGGGGUCCAGUCACUUAAAUACUCCUCACCAGAGGAGAACAUCUUACUGCACAAAGACGCAAAGUUUGAGACAGGUCUGAACUCUUUAGAAAAAAGUAAAGAUUCAGAAAAACAAGACAAAGAUGCAGAGAAAUCAGCGAACAAAGAAGAAGAAACUAAACCAGGAGAUAUGAAACUUUCUGCAGCUACUUCUAAGCUCUUAGACUUUUCCAUCCUCAGAGAGCGCAGCUUUAUCCUCUAUUCACUGUUUGGACUGUUUGCCACUCUGGGCUUUUUCGCCCCCUCACUGUACGUCAUUGAGCUGAGUGUGAGCCGCGGCAUGGAGCGGGAGAAAGCUGCCUACAUGCUCUCCACCAUGGCUGUGGCUGAGAUCCUGGGCCGAUUCUCCAUCGGAUGGGUCCUGUCUUUGGUGGUGUUCAGGACAAGGAAGCUCCUGGUGCUCCUGGUUUGCGUGAUCAUGAUGACUGUGGAUUUGGUGGGAUUUACUUUGGUGACAGAGUUUUAUGGUCUGGCUGUGUGUUCUGGUGUGUAUGGAUUUUUCAUGGGAACCCUGGCAUGUACCCACAUCCCCAUGCUGGCAGAGGAUGAGGUAGUGGGUGCGGAGAGGAUGUCUUCUGCUGCUGGCGUCUAUGUGUUUAUCCAGAGCUUUGCUGGACUAGGUGGACCACCACUUGGAGGUGGGCUGGUGGACGUCACCCAGAACUAUGGAGCGGCCUUCUACUCCUGCGCAGUGGGCAUGGGACUGGGUGCUGUGUUCCUGGGAUUGGUUGGACCUGCUAAAAGAGGAUUACCCUGCAGAAAGACAGGCCUAAAACACUCUGCAAUUGAACAUGAAAUAAACCCUGGCUACAAGGAAGAGCGUGGAGAGCAGAAAGCAAACAAAAUAAGUCACAGUGCAUUCGGCUGCACAGAGGACAAAAAGCAGAUGAGUCAGGGAGAAGACACUAGAGAAGGGGAUGAGGUUACAGCUUGUUAUUGAGCUAAAAAACACACAAAUCAGAGAACAGAUCAAUAAAUAGAGCUAUAGAGUCAAAGGUCGUGGAUGCAGUUACUUAUGUGACGGGCUCUCACUAAACUAUUAUUAUCAAUGGAUGGAGUUGUGCCUUAAAUUUAAUGAACCGACCAGUAUUUUUUACAAGUUCUUAUGCCAAAUAGGAAAAUUAAUGUUUUUGUUUUUUUAUCUAAGUUGUGUGGUAGAGUGAAUGAACAGUUACAUGAGAUUUCAUGCAAGGUCGUGUAGUAAAAAAGCCAGGGUUGCCGGAGAAGUUGCUGUAGUGUCUGAUAACAAUAAGAGGUCUAACACUGAGGCCGUUUACAUCACCUGUUGAUCAGUCUUAUUAACGCUGGAAAAUACUGCAAAUGCUGCAAACAAAACCUGCUGCACAAAUUUUGUUUCACUUAAUAGAGAAAAUAAAUGAAAACCUCAGGA